GCUUCCUAUAGUAUGCAUUCAUUCCUCUCUGCGCUCCUUCUCUCUACCAGACUCACCGCACUCCGGCUCAGACAUGGAUCCAUUUUCUGGGGCGAUCGAUAUCAAUUUCGAGUUAGAUAACUCUUCCGAUAGCAACGGUUCCGAUGAUUAUUUAGACUUUCAAGGUCUUUGUACCAACGACGAGAACAACAACUUCAACCGAAUCUUUUUGCCGACUGUCUACUCUUUCAUCUUCCUUCUAGGAAUUAUCGGCAAUGGAUUGGUGGUGUUGGUUAUGGGUUAUCAGAAAAAGUCCCGGACUAUGACUGACAAGUACAGGCUGCACCUCUCAGUGGCUGACUUGCUCUUUGUGUUCACCCUUCCAUUCUGGUCUGUGGAUGCCGCCAUUGGUUGGUACUUCAAGGACUUCUUGUGCAAAGCUGUCCACGUCAUCUACACCGUCAACCUCUACAGUAGCGUCUUAAUAUUGGCUUUCAUCAGCCUGGAUCGGUACUUGGCGAUUGUUCAUGCCACAAACAGCCAAGGCUCCAGAAAAAUGUUGGCUGAGAAGAUUGUGUAUGCUGGAGUUUGGCUACCAGCUAUUCUUUUGACAGUGCCUGACCUAGUAUUCGCCAGCAUCACGGACGUAGAUGGGUUCUAUGUGUGUGAUCGUAUCUACCCACUAGCGAACCGACUGAACUGGACAAUUGGAUUCCGUUUCCUCCACAUCAUGGUCGGUCUUUUCUUGCCUGGACUUAUCAUCCUGAUUUGCUAUUGUGUCAUCAUUUCAAAACUGUCACACUCAAAAGGCCACCAAAAACGCAAGGCCUUGAAGACCACUGUCAUUCUCAUCGUGGCUUUCUUUGCCUGUUGGCUCCCAUACUACAUCUGCCUCUCCAUAGACACUUUUGGCUUGCUUGGAAUCAUAAAACUUGAUUGUCAAACGGAUGAUACAAUCCACAAGUGGAUUUCUAUCACAGAAGCCGUGGCCUUUUUCCACUGUUGCCUCAACCCAAUCUUGUAUGCUUUCCUUGGGGCUAAAUUCAAGACUUCGGCGCAGAAUGCCCUAACCUCUGUCAGUAGAGGAUCAAGUCUUAAAAUCUUGUCGAAAAAACGUGCUGGACUUUCCUCUGUCUCCACCGAGUCGGAAUCCUCCAGUUUUCACUCGAGUUAACAGUGCAGUGCCUGUUGGCCAAGGACUUCUAAACACAGACUGUUCUUCGUGUACAUAUUCCAUAUUCAAGGAUUUUUAUUGACUGUAAAAUUGAAAAACCUUAUUUAUACUUUUUCUUAUUUUUUUCAUACCUUUAUUUUAGGCAGGCCCUGUGGACUGUUGAUUGGUUCAUAAUAAACUUGUUACAUUUUUCUAUCA